AAUACAUCCAAACUCAAACAACAUGUCUGAGUACGGCAGCGCUGCCAAUUUAAGUAACUUCCGUGAAAGAACCGGAAGUCCUUCUUAUGCUUCCCUUGGAAAACAUAGGGACGAUUACAAUCGGUUUGAAACUGCCCGCCACGCGAUGAACAGUCGUGCUAAUCGCUCCCAAACUAGUCAGGAAAAGGAGGAAAUCCGUUUUGGAGGAUUCGGCGACCGUGCUGGAAGUGGAGUUGAGCUGACCGGCUUUAACUGGUCUGGAGGAGAAGUUAUCAACUCUCCACAACAACUUCCCAAAGCAAUUAAGCCAAGAACUAUGUUUUAUUCCCCAAUCGGUGAUGGAACUGUUGCUGCUGAUGGUUAUGAGCUCAAGAGACGACCAAUGGAUCUGUCCCCCAAGGUUACUGUCACCCAACUCCAACAUAUCGAGCGUGGAGCUAAAGGGCACGACGGAGUGAAUAUUAUUGAGAAAAACUGGAGUACUGGAGGAUCCGUUCCUGCUAGUGAAGCCGGAUUUGGUAGUGAAUAUGGACCUGGAAGCGGAAGAAAUUCCCGUGCUGGAGGUGGUGCCUUCAGUCCAGAACCACUUCCAAAACCAGCUAAUACCAAUGGUAGACCAGCACCUGCUCCACCAGCAAAUGAUUUUGGAAACUAUCAGCCAAAGUCUGACCCAUUCCCAGCAACUACUCGUCCAGCAAGUGGCCUUGGAGGAGAUGGUGGAAACCCAUUUGGAGGAUCGCAAUCUAACUUGGGGCCAAAGGAUGGACGUAAUAGCGUCGCUUCUUCUGUUUUCUCGGAUCCAUCGUACCGUUUGGAUACCAAAACCGGAUACCUUAUCACCAAUCCUCGGGAACUGAUUCAUCAAUUUGCAACAAUGACUCCAGUGGCGACUAUUGACGACAGUGUCAAUAACACACCAGCCACCCAUAUCACCCAAAAACAAAGUUACUACAAGAGAACCGAGGAGACCACUGAAGAACAAUUCGCGCCACAUGCACCAUACAAAGCAAAUCAUCCCGUCGCUUCUCCCAACAAAUUUGUCCGCCAACUUCGAGACGAUAACCUAACCCAUAGCCAACGCGAAGCCAACACCCACACUGAGCCAGUAUACCAAAGAGAUCCAAAUUACAAUCAACGAUUCCAGGAGAUUAGAACCAAAUCUACAUCCUAUUCCAGAGGAGGAGAUGAUAUUGACCAACUUACUCAACAACUUGUCAGUGGUAUGCACUCCGGAAAAUCACGAUACAACUGAACCCAUAUUUCUUUUUGCUAAUUUUUUUUCAUCGUUGUAAUUACGACUAUAAAUUGCCAUACUCUUAUGUUUCACCCAACCGCCACCCCCAUCACCAGCUUCAAUAUUUGGUGUCUCUGAUGUCAUUGAAAUGUUUUAUUAAAUGUACUCAAUAUCAAUAAUUAAUCAUUCUGACUCAAUAUAAUUUACAAAAUUG